UACUUUCGGCCAUUGUAUUUUUAGUGAGAGAAAAAUAUUAUUUUGGUUCCAUUAAUAUCAUUUUGUGUAUAGAAAAUAUCUAUAAUAUUUUCUAAAUAUUAUUAGAAAUAUUUUCUAUAGAAAUAUACAAGAUUAUUAUUAUCCCAAUUUUAAUCUUUAUAUUUUAUACUAUUAUAAUCUUUACUAGCAUAAAGAUUGUGGUAGACUCUGGCGUUGUUCGUGUGUCAAAGUUGGAGACCGGACGCUUGAACGGUUACGUUUGCAAUUUCAACGCUCUUUCUACGACUUCUUCGUUUUUACCGCUUACGGAGAAAGGUAUAAAUUUCUUACUCACUAUAAGUUUUAGUACGUGAUUCUGGGCAAGAUAAUCAUGUUAGGAUGUUAAAAUUUUUAAUUUCCGCUGCUUAUCCUUGCAUGGUUACCUUUCAGAAGCGUUGGGCCAGGCUGAAGAAUCUGCUCGGGCAAAGGAGGAGGCCUUUCCCACUAAAGCUGCUGACUAGGCUGCACGCCAUCACUUGGAAGUUGCCCGGUCUAUUCUCACUACACCGGAAGAAACCAUGGACUUCUUCAAGACCAUGUAUAAAGAACCGGAAGGCAAGAGAAUGAUAACCAAGAUUGGUUCAUACGGCUUCCAGUGUGGCCAGAAGGACGAGAGGUCUCUUCUCUAUGCUAGACUUCAGAAGAGGGACCCUUCCUUUGACCUGGGCAAGAUGAAGCUUCUAGUCCUCUACAAGGAAGAGCCAACCCCCCCUUUCCCCUUGCAAUAGGUAGGCAAGAGAACCAUGGAGCCUGACCCGGAUGACUAUGUGAUAGGAGCUGCGGAUGAACGACAGUGCGGGCCAGAUGAAUUACUUAUUUAAUUUAUGAAAAUGUUUUGGGCAUGAACCCACCUUUUGUCGCAUUUACGUUAAUUAUGACCUAACAGUUUUACUUACAUUUACUUCCGCAAUAAACUUCUUUUAAGUGAAUCCAUCCUCAUCGUUUAAUAAAGCAUGUCAAGGGUU